AUGCCAGAGCAGCAAACACAAGAUCACAGAUCACUGUCAAUGUUAAUAAUGAAUCAGAAGGCAGCUUCUGAGGCAUUUGAGCUGAAUGAAACUAUUGCAGAGAAACAGUCUGAUAAGUUCAAUAAAUAUGAAGAUCUGAUUGAAGAUAUCAGUGAGAUGUCAGACAAUAUAGAGAGCUUAAAUAACUGA